AUGACAUUGCACCUGUCAGUGCGUUUCAACCCAAUGUUACGGAAAACAAAUCUGGCUGUGUGGAGGUUAUGGAGGUCGUGGAAAUUAAAUCUGCACUCUUCUACAGUUUGUGCAUCUUCUGGUUCUUUGGACAAAUCAGAAGAACUGUCUGAAAAGCCUCCUCACACACCGGUCAUGCUUAAAGAGAUGCUUCAUUACUUGGAUAUCCAACCAGGUCAGGUGGUCCUGGACAUGACAUUUGGCGGUGGUGGUCAUACCAAAGCGAUACUGAAUAUGGUUCCUGAAGUCACGGUGUUGGCCUUAGACCGAGAUCCUACAGCCAUUUCUCUGGCCCAGCAGUUGGCCAAGGAACACUUUGGUCGUGUGAAACCAUUGCUUGGACGAUUCAGCGAGCUUGAAGCCCUGCUGUCUAACAUGAGCAUUAAGCCAGGCAGUAUUGAUGCUGUCCUGUUGGAUGCUGGCUGCUCUUCCAUGCAGAUGGACCAGGCAGAGAGAGGCUUCGCCCUCAGCAAGGAUGGGCCUUUGGAUAUGAGAAUGGAUGGAGAGAGGUACCCCGACAUGCCCUGCGCUGCUGACGUUGUGAAUACCUUAGAUCAACAGGCUCUUGCAUCCAUCCUCACUGCAUAUGGGGAAGAGAGAAACGCCAGGAAAAUAGCUUCAGCCAUUGUGGAGGCACGCCGUCUCGACCCCAUCACCCGGACACAUCAGCUGGCCAGCGUGGUGGCAGGAUCGUUUCCUGCAGGAGUUAUCUAUGCACGCAAGGACCGUCUCCACAGAUCUUCACAUGUGGCCACUAAGACUUUCCAAGCUCUGCGUAUCUUUGUUAAUGAUGAGCUGAACGAACUACACGAGGGUCUACGUGCUGCCCAGGCAACACUGAGACCUGGAGGACGUCUCUGCGUACUCACCUUUCAUUCAUUAGAAGACAGACUGGUCAAACGUUUCCUGCAGGGAGACGACUUGUCUAAUCUAGAUCAGUAUUACUUCAGCCCGAGGAAGCAAGGCCCCGGGAAGGAAAAACUGGUGGGAAAAAGAGAAAGUGUUUAUUGGCUUCCUCUGCGAAAAAAAGUGAUUACGCCAGAAAAGGAAGAUGUAAAAGAGAACCCUCGAGGACGCUCCGCAAAACUCAGGGCAGCACUCAGACGAUAAUUAUUGUCACAUAAGGGAUUUUGUGUCUUUCCACCAAAGAAAAAUUGGGCUUUUUUAAGGACGACUUUUUACACUGAAUACAUGAUGAGAGUUAAGCAAAUGUUAUGUCUGCAUUCACACAAUAAUUUUUAGUUAAUGUUUGUGGUAACGCAAUCACUACAGAGUCAAGCUGAUCACUACUUCACAGCUGAAUAAGUGGUUCAAGUGAUGGGACAUUAGUUAUUCUCACAGGCUUGAUAUAAAGAAUGACGUGCCUGCCAAAUGCCGACCAAUAUUCCUGCUGCAAAGUCAGCCUCUUAAUGACAACACUGGAAUAAAGAGAGACAUUUAACUUAUAGCCGCUAUAAAGAAUAGACUGUGAAAAAUGUUCUGUACUGGUCUGAAUAUAAGACAAAAAAUAACGUUUAAUCCUAUAUUUGGUGUCUAGGCAAUUACAUGUUCACAACAUCAGAUGUUCUUUUUGAAUGAAUAAAGUAAAGUAAAACU